GAAUUAUCUAAAGAGUGUCUUAUCACCGCGUUACUUCGAUAGCACCAGGGUAUGACUUUCAGAUAUCUCUAUGCAAGUGUGUUAAUUCCUGGUCAGUAGAUUGUAUAUCUGAAUAAGUGAACCACGAUGGAAAGGAAUCCUGGACUAGAUUUUUCUUACAAGUUAAUACAGGUCCAUUUAAAUGAACCUGCCACUAAUACGUGGGCAACAGAGAUAUCUGCCAUAGCUAAGAAGAUAGAAGGGCCUAACAAGAUUGCUUGGUUAAUCAAGGCAAUAACAUGUAUUGACCUCACGACUUUGGGAGGAGACGAUACAUCUGCUAAUGUUAGGACUCUCUGUGAGAAGGCUGUGGAACCAAUCAAAUUAAACUUUGAAUGGAAGUUACCAUUGCAUACAGCAGCUGUUUGUGUUUACCCAGCAAGAGUCAAAGAUGCUUUUAAUGUUUUGUGCAAAUUGGAUACAUCUAAGAAGGUUGCUAUAGCUAGUGUAGCCGCUGGAUUUCCUACUGGACAAUAUCCUUUAAGUACACGGUUAGAUGAAAUCCGUUAUGCUAUUGCCGAAGGAGCUACUGAAAUAGAUGUUGUCAUUAAUAGAACUUUAGCAUUGGAACAUAAAUGGCAUGAAUUAUAUCUCGAAUUGAAGGAUAUGCGUGAAGCUUGUGGUGAGGUUCAUAUGAAAACAAUUCUAGCAGUUGGAGAACUUUAUGACCUUCGUGAUGUCUAUGUUGCAUCUAUGGUUGCUAUGAUGGCUGGAUCUGAUUUUAUUAAGACUUCUACUGGCAAGGAAACUAUUAAUGCUACUUUACCUGCUGGAAUUGUCAUGUGUAGAGCAAUAAGGGAUUAUCGGCGUGUCACUGGAUACAAGGUAGGUUUUAAACCUGCUGGAGGAAUUAAGAAUUCUACCAAUGCUUUGGAGUGGCUCACUCUUGUUAAGGAAGAAUUGGGUGAAGAAUGGAUGACAAAGGAUUUGUUUAGAAUUGGAGCGUCCAGUCUUCUUGAUGAUAUUGUUAAUACCAUUCAAAGAUUAUCCACGUAAGAAUACUUUUGUGUUCAAUGGAUAAGCUGUAAAAUAAUGUUUGGAUCUACAUAAAAUACAUCAAAUUAUAUUAUAUUUUUGUAACUAUCUUUGGAAAUAUACUGUUUAUAUUCUCUUA